AUGUCUCCUCCCUUUGAUUCUCUUCUGUUUGCUGACGAUUUGAUUUUGAUUGAAGGCAUUUUUCCCUUUGUUGGUGUUGGACAGUAUGCUUUUGUAGGAGCUGUCAACAAAAAGAUGAAUCAACUGUACAAAGAGUACUGCAAAAUUGAACUCAACAAAAAUCCAAGAAAGGUAAACGAUAAACCUGCUAGCUGCGAAUGGGAUUCUCUCAGGCGCUCUGCGGAAAGCACGGACACUCUUUGCAGUGAAACAUUCUGUAACCAGCCACGUGCAGAAUACUGGCUCAAGGACAAUUCCAGAAAUAAGAAACCUGAUCGUCAUCAUGUUUGCACUGCCAUUGCCAAAAUUGGAAAUCUUGCUGUCAUGCAGUGGGCACGACAGAAAGGAUUCCCAUGGAAUCAAUGGACAUGUUUCUAUGCUGCACUAUAUGGACACUUGGAAUUGCUCCAAUGGUUAAGACAGAAUGGUUGUCCAUGGAAUGAACUUACAUGUGCAUCCGCUGCUGCAAAAGGCCAUUUGGAAAUUUUGAAGUGGGCUCGUGAAAAUGGAUGUCCGUGGAAUGAGCAGACAUGUUACAAUGCUGCUAAAAAUGGCCAUUUGGAAAUUCUGCCAAUGGUUAAGAGAGAAUGGGUGUCCAUGGGAUUGCAGAUACAUGUGUAUACGCUGCUGCAUGUGGACAUUUGGAAAUUUUGA